AGAUAACCCCCGUCAAAUCCUCAGCUUCCUUGGCGGAGGAAUCAUCUCGCAUCUCCUGCUGGCAAUCUCCUUCGAAUCUGCUUCUCCAGGGGAAGAUUAGCUCGCCCCGAAGAUCUUUGUGUAUAAUACACACUGUACCGACACCUGCAAUGAUUUGCAACACUCUGGUAUGGUCUCUCGUGCUGGCGACUAUCAUUUCGGACCUGGACACCACGGGCACCACCAGCCAGGUCGCGGCAGCCGGGCCACCGGACGUCCUCCUCCCAGGGAUCGAGACAUUAUUCUCCUCGUCCUAUUCCUCCUCUUCGGCUUCGACUUCGCCCAAUUCUCAGCCUCCUCCUCCUCCUCCUCCCCCUCCCUCCUCGCUUCUGGAGUCGCUCAGAGGCCGCACCGCGGACAAGAGGGCGGCCCUAGACCGAUCCUGCAAGGGCGUCUAUGACCGGGGCAUCUUCAUGAUGCUCGACAGGGUGUGUGAGGACUGCUACAACCUCUACAGAAAGCCCUACGUCGGCCUCGAGUGCAGGAAGAGAUGCUACAGGAACGUGGUCUUCCGACAGUGCCUUAACGAUCUCCUCCUGAAGGAAAACUUCGACUCCUACGCCGACUCCAUCAGGACUGUGGGGAAGUAACUUGAGUCCUCGGGCGGGAUUAGGACAUUGUGGUGAUCGAGUAUCCUCAAAGGACCCCCAAGCUAAACCAUCUACUAGAUAUUCGGCAGCCUUUGGAAGAUCUUUCAUUUUCAAUAUUCAUUUUUUUGCUUAUCUAGAUCGUCAUCAUGGAGAUUUGGUUUUUAUUCUGUUUUCUUCCUAUUUUUAUAUCUCAAUCUUCUUGUUCUUUAGCUUUAUAUAUCAAUCAGCAAAGGCUUUUUUAGUCUACAGAUAAUAGGAGGCCUAUAGACAUUCUAAAAUGGUCCCUUAACUUGUAGUAACUGAAUAAAGUAUUCUUCGUUCAUCUAAAUAACACUUAUCAGUUAGAAUCUAUGUUGUUAGAUUUACUUUUUUAUAUUACUUCCUUUUUUAUUGAACUAUGUACUCUCCAGUCAUAGUAAGUCUACUUAAUGAUAUUACAAAGGCACGUACAUUUAGUCACAUUAUUUGCCCUUACUCUCUAGCUUUCUGUUCUGGGUAAAAUCAUUUCA